AUGGUGAGACCAAGAAGGCAAGCUAAUGUACCCGAGGAUGAGCUACCGAGGGGUGUAAGAGAUGAUGCCAUUGCGAGGGCGUUGAAUAGGAUGUCAGACUUGUUCGAGCAGAAUUUCCGACCGCCGCAAGGAGAUCUUAGUAGGGCGGUUCAAGUGGGGUGCACCUAUGAGCGCUUCCUGGCGCAUAGGACUCCUGCCUUUUCUGGGGAGGAGGAUCCAAUGCGAGCUAGGAGGUGGAUUCUAGAUUUGGAAAGGACCUUUGAAGUCUGUGGGUGUACUGAGGUCCAGAUGGUUUUGUAUGCAAGUUAUAUGCUACAGGGUGAAGCAGCAUACUGGUGGGAGACCAAGCGGUCACUCCUAGAAAUGGAGUUCGGAUCCUUGGCUGCUGUGUCUUGGCAGCGGUUUAAAAAGGAAUUUGAUGAUCAAUACUUUCCUGUUUCAGUGAGAAGGCAGAAGGCUCGGGAGUUUAAUAAUUUGGUUCAAGGAGGUAUGACGGUCGAGCAAUAUGCGACGAAAUUUAUGGAGCUUGGACGGUUCGCUCCUCACCUCAUUGCCACCAAAGAGCUGCAGGUUGAGCGUUUUAUGGAGGGUCUGCGCCCUAAAGUACGCAGACAAGAGGCUUGUCUCCAGAUUGUGGAAUUUCAGAAGUUGGUAAACUUGGCCAGUAUCGCAGAGCGAGAGAAUAGCUUUGUAGUGGGCUCCCCUCCAGGUCAGAAAAGACGGAGUUAUCUUGGUGAAGGAAGCAGUUCUGGAUCGCCGCAGAAGUUUGUUCAGAGGACCGGGGCUCGUUCACAGACAACCUCCGGUGUUCGUGCAAGAGGCCGGACUCCAGUGUGCCCUAGAUGUAGUAGAGCCCAUGAGGGCGAUUGUGGUCAAAUGGGCAUUCAGUGUUUUAGAUGUGGCCAGCCGGGUCACUUUGCUCGGGAGUGUCCCAGUCUAGUUCAAGGAGGUCAAGGAGGUCAAGGAGGACGAGGAGGUCGACGAGGUGGAAGGGGCAACCAGAGACAGUUGGUACAAGCCCGGGUUUAUGCAGUGACUCCUGGCGACGUGGAUUAUGAGGCUCCAGAGACCCACGACACUGGAGUGAUUACUGGAAGAGUUCGUCUAUAUGAUUUUUAUGCCUGUACUUUGUUUGAUUCUGGGACGUCCCAAUCUUUUGUGUCUGCCACGUUUGCACGGAUGUGCAAUUUGGUUACAGAACCUCUACCACAAUCCUUAGUUGUGGCUCUUCCCAAUGGCGAGAUCGUGUGUUGCUCCAAGGUUGCUUUGGGUUGUCCUUUGGAUCUUGGUGGAAGGACACUGGAUGCAGAUUUGAUUGUAUUCAAAUUGCUUGGUUUUGAUAUAAUUUUGGGUAUGGAUUGGCUGUAUCGUUAUUCUGCGAAUAUUGAUUGUAGAAGACGAGUAAUUGGUUUUCAACUCUCGGAUGAGGAUUAUUUAGAAUUCGUGGGAAGCAAGUUAAGGGCAAGACCAUCAAUUAUAUCAGCAGUUCAAGCUAAGAGAGAUAUAGCUUGUGGGAAGAAAUCUUUAGCGGAUAUUCCAGUGGUGGAAGAAUUUCCCGAUGUGUUCGUGGAUGAGUUACCUGGAUUGCCUCCUGUUCGCGAUAUGGAAUUUGUUAUUGAUCUGGAACCCGGGGCGGUUCCUGUGCAUAAGGCUCCUUACCGCAUGGCACCGGCCGAGUUAAAAGAGUUGAAAACUCAAUUGCAAGAAUUGCUGAGGAUAAGGGAUAAGGACGUGCCCAAGACUGCUUUCAGGACGAGGUAUGGGCAUUAUGAAUUUAAAGUGAUGUCUUUUGGGUUAGCGAACGCUCCAGCCGCUUUUAUGGAUUUAAUGAAUCGAGUGUUUCGACCCUUUUUGGAUUCUUUUGUGGUGGUGUUUCUUGAUGACAUUCUAAUUUAUUCCCGAUACUUGGAAGAGCAUGCUUGUCACCUUCGUCUGGCACUUGGAAAAUUAAGAGAGCAUCAAUUGUACGCUAAGUUGAGCAAGUGUGAAUUCUGGUUAGAAGAAGUUAAGUUUCUUGGACAUGUGAUUUCUCAAGAAGGGGUGGCUGUUGAUCCUAGUAAAGUAGAAGCUGUUUUGUCAUGGCCUCGCCCUUCAACAGUUCGUGAGAUACGAAGUUUCUUGGGACUUGCCGGUUACUAUCGAAGAUUUGUGGAAGGUUUUUCUCGACUAUCAGGACCUCUCACUGCCUUGACUAGGAAGAAUACUGAGUUUGUAUGGUCUGACAAAUGUGAGAGAAGUUUUCAAGAGUUGAAGAGAAGAUUGACAAUGGCACCUGUUUUGGCACUUCCAGAGCCACACAAGCCAUUUGUGAUUUUUAGUGAUGCAUCCAAAUUCGGGUUGGGAUGCGUUCUUAUGCAAGAGGGACGGGUUGUUGCUUAUGCAUCUCGUCAGCUGAAAAUUCAUGAAAGGAAUUAUCCCACACAUGAUUUGGAGUUGGCGGCAAUAGUUUUUGCUCUUAAGAUUUGGCGGCAUUAUCUGUAUGGUGAAGCCUGUGAAGUUUAUACUGAUCACAAGAGCUUGAAGCAUCUGUUUACUCAGAAGAAUCUCAAUAUGAGACAAAGACGGUGGUUAGAGCUGAUUAGCGACUAUCAAUGUGAGAUCAAGUAUCAUCCAGGAAAGGCGAAUCUAGCGGCUUUAGGCACUAAGUUGAAGUUUAGUAGUGCAUAUCACCCUCAAACUGAUGGUCAAUCAGAGCGU